AUGUUUUUAUUUAUUUUAGUCAUUGUGUUCUAAGUAAUAGGAGAAGAAUUAUUAAAUUUGACUACUAAAACAUUCUUAAUUGAAAGUGAAGUGAGUGGAGUGAAGGAGGUUAUUCAGGGAUCACGAUAAUUUAUUACAGACUUCGAAAAUGCUGAGUUUGCUAUCAAUAUAGAAUUGCAAGGAAAUAAUAGUUAUCCUUGGGAUAUAUGUUUUUCAAAAUAAGGUUCAAUUGAAUUUGCUGAAUAUGAAAAUCAUCAUAGUAUAAUUUAUAAUGCUACUCAUAAUCCUGAUGAAGAACAUGCAAAUGAUCCAUCAUAUUAUUUAAGUACACCUAUUUUAGUUAAUAUGGUGAAUACAAAUUAAGGUUUAUUGAUUGUAACAAGUGAUCAUACUUUAUUGAAUUAUAAUGUUACAUAGGAUCCAUAAAGUAUAAUUGGAUUUAAAUCAUAACUUUUAUAAGAAUAUGAUUAUGAUUCCUUAAGAAGUGAAGCAACUGAAGCUGAAGUUCCAUAAAUUGUAUAUGCCCCUAUGUUUGAAUAUGUAUAUUUGAUAUAUAGAGAUUAAAUAUUGAAAGGUAAAGUAUAACCCAAUAUGACUUUAUAAAAUUGUUCAAUUGGUAGUGGAUUGGAAAAUGAUAAUAAUUUUAUUGGAUAAAUAAAGAUACUGAAUAAUUAUAUGUUUGUUCCAUUGGGUAGGGAUGGAUUAGAUAUCUAUUAGAUUAAUAAAGAUGGUGAUAUAAGUCUUAAAUUGUCUAUGAAUUCCUUUGAUUUAUAUAACAAGGAUUUAAUUAUUAGUUUAGUUGAUAUUGUAUUUAGUCAAUCUAGCACAUCUAAUGAUACAUAUGCUUUUAUUUUAGAUAGUAUUCAUGGUGUUACAAAAUUCCUUGUUAAAACUAGUGAAAAGAUGAUAGUAUUAAAUAGAGAUGAUAAUUUUGGUCUUGUAGAUAUCAAAUCUGGUUUAGCUAUUGCUGUUUAAUCUGAUGAUUUUCUAUUGAUACUUAAAGAAGUGUAAUUAUAAUUUAUAAUCUAUUUAGUGGAAUCAAUCAAUAAUUAGUUGAAAUAGGUUUCAAAGAUUAAGGUUGGUUUGAAGUUAAGACACAUUUUUUGACUGGAUAAUAUUUUGAUAUUAUACUUUCUAAAUAAUUUGUACUUUUAAGAGGUAAAGAUGAACAUAGAAUUGUAAGAACUGGAGUUUAUGAAGAAUUUGAACCUGAAUUUAAAUUCUAUACUUAAGAUGAUUAUUAUACUGAAAAAGCUAAUUCCUUUUAUGAAGAAUAUGUUUUCAUUCCAAAACUAUAAAAUGUUUAAUUUUAUGAAUCAGAUUUUUAAACUGAUGGAACUCCUAAUUAAUGGUCAUUUUAAAAAAGUUAUCCAUAUUUACUUGGUUUAACUUAACAUACUAUUGUGGAAUUACCAUAUAUUAUAAGAAAUCCUAUGAUUUAUUGUAAUCCUAAAUCUGAGUAAGAUAUUGGAAAUAUUUAUAAAUAUGAUAUUCUGAUGAAUGCCACUUCAUGUCCUGAAAAAGAUAAAUAUUUAGAAGAUAAUCCAACUGUGCCAUAUCAAACUCUUCAAUGUUCAUAUAAGAAUACUUUUUAAGUUAAGGUUGUAUUAGCUUAGGCAAAGAUAUAUAACACUUAAGAAUUGAUUGGAGUGAUAAUUGGACUAAUAAUUCUUCUGAUUUUAUUAGCAUUCUUAUUAGCAUAUUUGUAUAGAAAAUACAAAGUUAAAGAAGAAGGUUUAACAAGUCAAGUAUAAGGUUUUGAUAACUAAAAGGGAUAUGAUUUAGAACCAAAUGAUGCUCCUGCUACUCAGGGAUUAUGA